UUUCCUAUUGCUGGAUAGGCCAGUGUUCGGGGAUUUAUGUAAGGGAUGGAUACCGGUGACCCGCACAGUGACGUCUCUUAAAUUCACAUAUAAAUAUUUCUGAUGUGAAAUCGCAUCCACAAAUCUGGAAAAAACAUGUACAAGUGGGCUCCUAUGGAGAAUUCCUUGUGCUUAGGAAUAAAACGUCCAAACGAGGAAGAAUUGAAUGAUUCAAGUGAUUCGAAGAGAGAGUGUCCCAUAAACCCAGACCUCAUUAAGAAGGAGAUCAAGGAGGAUGAUGAUGAGGCAGGUAGUAGUGAAGAAGCAUGGUUGAAAGGUUUUGGAUUGUACACUGAUGAUGCCACCCAGACAAGAAGCCAACCCAACCCUUCUAGUAUCAAUUUAAAGGACUUUGUUUUGGAAUCUAGCAUUGACUUUCAAUGUCCCGUUGAUCAAAACGGCACUUCAGUUUUUGAUGUGGAUAAACCAUUUCAGCCUUCUGCUGAACUUGUUCCACCUCAAUGCUUUGGAAAUCGGAAAUUGAGGUUCCAGAGUGCUUGGUACACUGAUUUUCCUUGGCUUCACUAUAGCCCACAGUUGAAAGCUGUGCUUUGCUUUACAUGUGGAAAAGCAGAAAGCAUGGGAUUAUUAGGUUCAUCUAGAAGAAGAGAUUCCGUGUUUACAGCAUUAGGAUUCUCCAACUGGAAAAAAGCUCGAGAAAAGUUUGGUUCCCACCAAAAGUCCAAGAGUCAUGAAUUUGCAACCUGGAAGCUAAUGCAUGCCUUACAGAACCAAAAGAGGGAAGCUGCCCUGGAACAACAGAGGAAAGUCCGACAGGCCAUUCCUAGUGCUUGUUUGAACAAACUGAUAAGUGCAGUGCGUUUUUUGAUUCAUCGGGGUCACACAUUUCAAAGUCACGAGCUAAUAGAAGAGAAUUUAUUUGAACUGCUAAAAUUCUUAGGUCAGGAUAGUGAGAUGUUUAGGUACUGGCUAACAACUAAUCAGAAUUUUACAAGCGCAGAAAUCCAGUAUGAAAUGAUCAGUUUAAUGAGUCAUGAAAUCAUAAGUUUGAUCACAAAGGAUGUGAACCAAGGUUCAGUGUAUUAUUCUGUGAUUAUUAACAGCAUCCAGAACACAGACACACAUCAGCUAAGCCUCUGUUUACGCUAUUUGGAUUCAGACAUGCAGCCCCAAGAAGAUUUUAUUGGAUUUCUUGACCCUAUGGAGGAAACUGGCACUUUUGCAGCAAACCUUAUUUUGGAUCUGUUGGAACGACAUUCUUUACCAGUUGAUCUUUUGAGGGGAGUGGCAUUUGAGAGCACAGCUUGCUCCUCUCAGUGCUACAUGGAAUCAUGUGCAUUGCUUAAGCAAAAACAGCCUUUGGCUAUGUUUGUACAUUGUGGAAUGCCUUCUGGUAGUUUCUUAGCAAGAGAUUGUAGUCAUGCUAGUCAUGUUUUCCAACAAACCUUGUACUCUGUAAAUGACCUGUGCAAGUUGUUCAGUAAAAGCACAAAAUACAGAUUCUUACUUUCAGAAAUGACUCCAAAUGUACCUUGUGAAACACGGUACUUGUGCUCUUCAGAGUGGAGUGUGAACUUGCCUUUGAUAAAUACAAUUAUCCAGCAUUAUGGUCUUAUAAUUCAAGGUCUAGGGGAGAUGGAAACAGAUAGAGGUAUGACUGGAGUAAAGGCUCAUUUUCUAUUACAGGUGUUUGUUGAAGGAAAUACAUUUGUCUGUUUGUUAAUUAUAAGAUCUAUAAUGGAAUCUCUAAACAUCCUUAAUAUUAAUCUAGAAGACCAGAAUACACCUAUGUCCAGCACUUUAAAAAAAGUAAGAAUGGUAAAAGAAAUAUUGGCCAGAGUACAGCAAGAUGCAGCAGUAACUGAUUUUUUAAGACAAGCAGAUGAAGUGGUUGUGAAGUUUAAUUUGGUACCAAUAGCUAUCCCCCCUAUAAGACAAUGUUUCCGUCCGGACGUAGAGCUAGUCAGUCACCAUGUUCCUGAAACUAAAGAGGAAUUCUUUAGAAAUGAAUAUUUCAAGAUACUUGAUGCAGCCAUUUCUCAGCUAGAGAAUAGAUUCCUUCAACAAGGGUAUAUUGACUACUGUAAUCUGGAAGAUGUACUUUUAUGUGCCGGCAAAGGUGGAGAAUCUGACAGUGUUAUUGAGGAAAAGCUUGCAAUUCUUUCGAAAUAUCCAGAAUUUAAUGUGCGCAUGUUAAAAGUUCAGUUAGAAAUGUUUGCUCACAAAAAUAGUUAUGGCUCAUUAACUGAGGCUGUGAGCCUUUACAAAUCUGUCAGUCCAGAAGUCAAGGAGUUUUUUGGUGAACUAGGGAAAUUUCUGAAGCUUAUUCUCAUUAUCCCUGUUGGCACCAGUGAGAAUGAGCAUGUUUGUGGCCCAUUCCAAAGAUUAAGAACAUUGCUCAAAUUUACAACACCAGAGACACGGUCAAGUGAUGUAGCCGUUUGCUAUGUGAAUGAGACUCGGUUAGAUAAUCUGUGUUUGGAAACUAUUGCCCACAACUUUGUACAUGGAGUAUAACUAAAUGUAUUCUUUGUGCUUUCGUCCUGUGCAAAUAGCUAUAAUGUAUGAUAUUUUACACAAAGUGUUUAUACAUGUUAGCUAUUUGCCAUUGGGAAGUACUUAAUGUGUUGAGCAUGGAUAAGGCUUGGUUUAAGCCUGCUUUUGUAAAUACAAGGAUUCAUUCACUGUACAAUUUUUUUUUUUUUUUUUUAUCUGUGUUUUUAUUUUGUGCUGUAAAGUAUAAAUAUAUUUUUAUCUAAAAGCAGCACUGCCUCUUUUCAUGGUUUCAUAUAAAA